CUGGGAAGGAGCAGCCAAUGUCAUCAGUGGCUCUUAAUGAAUGAGGUGGGGGAUGGGGAAAGAGCAAGUCUCAUUAUAGGAAGGAGAGGGCAGCUCAGCAGAUCUUCCCUCUCAGCCAGCAUCUUCCCCAUGCUACUGGGAGUGUUUGCCCCACGCGUGGGAUGGCCGGGCCCUGCUGGAACACGCUGGUGUUCGAGGGUCCUCCUGGACGGCACAGAGUUGACAUUGUAUGAGCACAGAAAGUAGCAAUGGGAAUAUGCAGUUUUCUACUAAAGAGGUCUCUCAAGAGCUCAUGAUUUUUUUCCAUCUCUCCUCUUAACGUUCCUCCUGCUCCGCAGACAUGGCUCACCAUGCGAGGCCUUCCAGAUCAACCAAAAAAGAAGAGUUAGGCAAAAGGAAAACUAACCAGAGCAAAAAGAAAUCUAACCAAGUGAGAAAGAAACCCACAAAGACUUCCACAAAAGCUGUUAGUUCUGGAAAAGGUAAAAAGCCAGUGCAAGAAAAAGAUGUUAAGAAAAAACAGCAAGAAAAGAAACCAAUCAUGAGCUCUUCAGGUAGACUUCUCAGGAGCAGUGUAAGCAGAACCUUGUCUGGAGCAUCUUGGGUGAGUUUGGAGAAAGCUGACAAUAUCCUCUUUCACAACCGGGAUUCUUUCAGCUUCAAUGGCUUUACAAUGUCUCUCCGUAACCGAGCCUUCUCCCAAAGAUUGUCCCAAACUCCAAUACUUGCAAAACCCAGGAAAGCUGCAGCACAAAAAAGGCUAGAAACAAAGGAAAAACAUGAACAAGAAGCCCUGGCAGCAGUAGAAGAUAAAAAUGGUGAAACAAGUGAAAUAACUUUGGAACAAGAUUUAGCUCAGAAUGAGUUAGCAGCUCUGUGUGUAGAAGGCUGUCUGUGUAGUGCAGGUGAAGAGCCUCUUAUCCUGUGUGCCAGUCAGGAUGAAGAGGUAGAAAUACCUGGAACAGAUUACUCCGUUCCAAACAGUCAGGGAACUGAUGAUGGUACAGAAGCCUCAGAGGUGAAAGCUAAGCAUGCAGACCUGCCCUGUGAGCAGAUACCCAGUGAUCUUGAUAUGGGUAGUUUGGCUGGAGCAUUUGUUGAAGAUGCUGCGCUGGUGCUUCCAUCUUUUCUUUCUGACUCUGUAAUUGCCUCUGAAUCAAACUCAAAGGUGCAUGCAGAGACCCCCUUCAAUGUGGUGCCUAACAGUACAGAACCUGACUCCAGCUCUGUUGAUACCUCAGACCUCAACUCAGCAGUUCUGAUAGAGUCAGUCACACUUGCCAAAUUCCACAUUGGAGCAGGGUUGGAUAUGGUGCUACCUAGGGAACAACAAAACCUGCAUUCUGCAGCUCUAGUUACCUCUGAGUUUAACUCACAAGAUCAUUUAUUAGAAGAUGCAAGGUCACUUGCAAAUUCCUGCUUGAAGGCAGGCUGGGGUUUGGAAUCUGAGAAUAAAGACGUUGGUUCAAAUUCCACUUCUGUAGCUGCCUCUGAAUCAAAUUUGCUUUUACAUUUUGGAGGUGCAAGCUCGCUUGCAGAAUACCCCAUGAAACUGCUUGUGGAUUUUGUACCCAUUCACAGAGAACUUGAUUCAAAUUCAGAUUUGAGCUUUACAAAAGAGAAUUCAGAAUUUGACACAAAAAACAUAUUUACAGUAUGUGAACCUGUCUCCAACACCUCUUUAAACAAUAUUGAAGUAGAAGACAUUGAACAACUUGUUAAAUGUAUCGAUGCUGAGACAUUAAUUUUGAAUUCAGGAUAUGUCCCCACUUUAGCUUCAGAUUUAGAAAAAUGCACAAUUGAUAACAUCUCUGCUGAAAGCUCUGGACAAUUCUCUGCAGGUUUUGUUUCAGAGUUGCCUUCUAGCAUGGAAAUCUCUGCUCUUGCCUCAGCAAAAGCCAUAAAUGCAGAUUUGCCAGCUGACUCAAGACUGCAGCAUAAUGAUUAUUCAUCACAGCUGGGAAGUAUCGGAGUAAGCUUGAAUUUGGUUCAGGACAACGUGAGCAACAGCACUGAAGCAGUUCAGGCCUCGGGGCCAUCCUCUCUGAAACAUCCAGCUGGUGAUUACCCUGUUCCAUAUUCAUCUCUGCUCCCUAUGCUGGAGAAAAAGAAACGAAGGCGUUGUGGAGUCUGUGAGCCCUGUCUGCGGAAAACAAAUUGUGAGGAAUGCAGCUGUUGCAGGAAGCGCAAAACCAGUCACCGGAUAUGUAAAAAGAGAAAAUGUGAAGAACUGAAAAAGCCUCCACCACCAAUCAAACUACCUUUUGAGGUUCUAACAGAAAACAAAAGGCCUCAGAGGAGGAAGCAAAGAGUUUUAAAGGCAAAUUUAGAAAACAAAGCAGUAAAUGGCUGCAGACCAGAACUCAUGGAAUGCAGUAUAUGUGGUCAUGGUGAAAAAUACAGGGUGAAGACAAACCAAGCAGUAGCCAUUGAAAAUGUGCAGUCUAAGGAGAAAGAGAGAAUGACUGGCUUAGAAGCAGAGAAGUGGGCACACAACGAGAAGCCAUCCUUUGGUGUCCACGUCAACGGUGACAUCCACGGAGCUGUGACGGGCACCGGACACUUGAAACAUACUGAUCACAGUGAAAGAGCAGCCUCUCCCAGUCCCUUCACUGAGCCAAAAAAAUCCUUGGUGCAUGCCAUCAAAAAUGGCAUCAAAACCCUGCAUUAUUCACCACCAGAAGCAGUUCCUUCACUGAAAGAUGUGUCUGCAGAGGAAAGGACAGAUUUGACAAACAACUCCCAUGUGCAAUGGCCAAAGGGUAGCAAUCUAAAUAAUGUAAUAAGCACUCAGACGAGUGGCACUGGCUGUGUUCACCCAGAAAACCAAGGGAAUGUUUUAAUGAAAGAGGAAAACUGCACCUGCAGCAUCUCUGAGUAUUCUGAUAAGUCAGUUUUGCAGACAGGUUCCAGCUUGGAUGAGCAGGAAAGCUUGUGUUGUCCUCUGCUGCCUGAGGAGGAGCUGCAGGCAGGGAAGGAUGGCUUCAGAGUACCAAAUGUGGAGACACAGCCUGAGAAUUCUGCACUCCAGCCUGCUUUCUUGUCCCUUAUUAAAACUAGAAAUUUAACUCUGGAGCAGGUUGUAGCUAUUGAAGCUUUGACACAGUUGUCUGAAGUUCCUUUAGAGACAACUUCACCAGCUGAAACUGAAAGUACUGAAUUUACAGGAGAGACAACUUACAACUCACUCCAUGGUUUUCAGAGGGAUAUCUCAUCAUCCUUUACAUCCUCUGCAUUACAAGAAGUCAAAGACACUUACUUACAGAAUGAGCAGCAGCUCUUGGCUCACUGCACUCACUCCCAGAAGCAGCUCCCUAAUAAGGCAGUGUUAUACAAUGGCCAAAGUUCAGUGUCUGAAUUGUGUGAUAAACUUGCCAGUCCAGCUGGGGAGAUGCAGCAAUUGCAGUUCUCCUCAACAGAUACCAAAACUUCAUCUGACUUAACAUCUAAUGCAGCAUUGUGUUCAGGAUGUGAUCCCAGCAAAAGUUGUGCUCGUGAGCCAGUCACCCUCUCAGGGUAUUGCAAUGCUUCAUGUGAUGUCCAGCAAAUAAGGAACAACUUGGAAGCUCCUGGCCAGUUAGAGCAAAAGCCAGUGUGCAAUGAUUUGAAAUUCGGAGGCAGUUCUUUGAUUAAAGAAGGAGGAAUUCACAGCCAGGACGAAGAGGAUGUAGCUGCACAACUAACUCAACUAGCAGCACUGAUUGAAUCAAACCAGACAAAUGCAGAGCACAAGAAUGAUAUAGAGGCAUCACUGCUUAAUCUAAUAUCACACGAGAGGCAGCCAAAAUAUAACCAAGAUGUGUUGCAGAAAAAAGAAUCUGUAUUAUUUAGGCGUAAUUAUAAUUCCUUACUGUUAAAGCAAAAGCAGGCAACAAAUAAGAAAGGAAAUGGUGUGCCAUGGAAACGAAGACACAAAAAGAAGACUCAAGAAGCACGCUAUCAACAAAAUAAUCAAAACCAGCUAGAGCUGUUGUCAUGCCAGCAUGGUGAAUUGCAGGACAUUUGGAUAUCAUCAAAACUGCACAAGCUUGGUCAAACCAUGCCACGGGACUCCAGGGCAGCUCAGUCUGAAAAGAAAUCUCCCAGAACCAAAGUACAGAGAGUGCUCAGUCAAAAUACUUUAGCAUCACAAGAAAAAACCAGAUUAUUUCUCCCACAAGCACAGAUAAAAUUCCACAGGUGUUUACCUGAGGCACCACAGGAGAAAAAAAAAGACAGGUUGUUUGACUGUGAAGUGGUGAAUGAGCAAAUGAAAACUGCAGGCUCCAGUGACCCACUAGGCACUGAUCCACUGAAAAAUGAAAUUACUGCACAUAACCAACACAGCGACCUGUCCUCCCGUAAUCCUCUGGCUGGUUCGCAGCUGAAAACAGCAUCCUUGUUGAAAAGGCCAACUGAAAACCUACAGAUGUUUACAGAAAAAUGUAAUUCUCAGGUACAGCAAACAGCAAAUGUCAGUCAGGCACAUCCUUUGCCGCCAACUUUUAACCAGUCUAACCUGAGAGCUAACGAAACGUGUAGUGAAAACAGAGCCUUUGUGCAGCAGCCCAAACAACAGGUAGACCCGAAGUCCCAGGUGCUGCCUGGUCCCUGUGCUGGGGCCCGGGUACCAGGUUCUGCUGAAGCUCUCAGGAAUGUGGAGUGUGUGGGUGAGGUGACCGCUCUGACAUCAACCAGUUUGGGUACUGACAACGCCCAGAGCACAGGCGACUCAGGGUGUUCCCCAGCAAAAAACACACUCAGCAGUUUCCUUGAAUCACCUAUGAAGUUUCUUGAUACCCCUACAAAAAAUUUAAUAGACACACCUACCAAAAAAGGACAGUCUGAAUUGCCAACUUGUGACUGUGUUGAGCAAAUUAUAGAAAAAGAUGAAGGCCCCUAUUACACACACCUCGGGACAGGACCAAGUGUUGCUGCUGUGAGAGAAAUUAUGGAGAACAGGUAUGGAGCAAAAGGAAGUGCUGUAAGAAUAGAGGUAGUGGUUUAUACAGGAAAGGAAGGAAAAAGCUCUCAGGGGUGUCCAAUUGCCAAGUGGGUGAUCCGAAGGAGCAGCGAUGAGGAAAAGUUGCUGUGCUUGGUCCGACAGCGCGCGGGGCACCACUGCCAGACGGCUGUGAUUGUCAUCCUGAUCCUGGCCUGGGAGGGGAUCCCGCUGCUCCUGGCCGACACCCUGUACAAGGAGCUGACCCAGAGCCUGCGCAAGUACGGCUGUCCCACGGGCCGGCGCUGCGCCCUCAACGAAGAUCGUACUUGUGCAUGUCAAGGACUUGACCCAGAAACUUGCGGAGCAUCAUUUUCAUUUGGCUGUUCAUGGAGUAUGUAUUUCAAUGGCUGUAAGUUUGCCAGGAGCAAAAACCCCAGGAAAUUCAGACUUCUCACUGAUGACCCUAAGCAAGAGGAACUUCUUGAAAACAAUUUGCAAACGUUAGCUACUGAUGUGGCUCCGGUUUAUAAGAAGCUUGCUCCAGAAGCUUUCCAGAACCAGGUGGAAAACGAGCACAUGGGCCCCGACUGCCGGCUGGGCUCCAAGGAUGGCCGGCCCUUCUCCGGUGUCACGGCCUGCAUCGACUUCUGUGCCCACGCCCACAAGGACACACACAACAUGCACAAUGGCAGCACUGUGGUCUGUACCUUAACGAAGGAAGAUAACCGGAGAGUGGGGGUGAUUCCAAGUGAUGAACAGCUCCAUGUGCUGCCUCUUUACAAGAUCUCACAAACGGAUGAGUUUGGCACUGAAGAGGGCCUGGAAGCCAAGAUAAAAGCCGGAGCCAUCCAGGUGCUCACAGCGUUCCCCAGAGAAGUGCGAAUGUUGGCUGAGCCUCUCAGAGCUACCAAGAAAAAGAAACCAGACACAAGGAGGACCCCAAGUGAAAAGCAGCCAUUAAUAGAUAAAAAAUAUUCAACACCAGUAAAACUGAAAACUGAAGCCCCAGAAAGUCUUGGCAACACUUUGCAUUGCUUAGGGAACAAAACAGAUGCUUUAAAACCUGGAAUAAAAAUGGAGCCUUCCAGCCACGUUUAUGCCAUGAAACAUACUCCAAACACUACUAAAAAUUGCUCUUUGCUAAAACAGUACACGCCUUCCUCCCCCUUUAAGGUGGAUAGUUUACAUCCUUAUCCAUCUCUCGCACAUAAGUCUGGCCUAACUGCAGUGACUAACAUUCAGCAAGAUUUUUCAGUUCCCUACGGGUAUUUUGAAUGCAGUACCAAGCAACCUCACAUGCCACCUUAUGUUAAUUGCAAGAGCUUUGACGUGUCAGUCAAAGAUUAUACUGGAAUUCUGCUGAACGAGAAGGUGAACGGCGUGCCACCCAUUCUUCCUGAGGUCACUGCUCCAGGCCCCGCAGCCCAGCAAGAGCCCCUGCCCACUCUACUUGAACAGCAGCCAGACAAACAGAAGUGCCAGCUUCAGCAGGACAGUUCUCCUUCCUCAGAGAUGAUCAGCCCUUGUGACUCAUCGGUACCGCUCCGCUCCUCAGCAAAGGAUGCCGUCGGAACUGAAGGUGACUGUUCCCAGGGAUGCCCGGUGGAAAAGGGCAGCUCCCAUCGAGGACAGACCUGUGACUUUGACUGUGUUGAGGAAAAGCAAAGCAGUGCACUGGGACAACCGGCUGAUUCUGAAGAAAAGGCUGAGGAAUUGUGGUCAGACAGCGAGCACAAUUUUUUAGAUGAUGACAUUGGUGGGGUUGCUGUGGCACCUUCUCAUGGUUCUAUCUUAAUUGAAUGUGCAAGGCGUGAACUCCACGCUACCACACCAAUUAAAAAACCCAACCGCAAUCAUCCCACAAGAAUUUCUUUAGUUUUUUACCAGCACAAAAAUCUAAAUGAGCCAAAACAUGGUUUAGCCAUGUGGGAAGCGAAGAUGGCCGAGAGGGCGAGAGAAAAAGAAAAAGAAGCGGAACGAUUAGGAACGGAGAAUCCUGAACUGAACUCGAGCAACAGGAAAGCAAAGCAACCAAGUGAAAACAGAGAUAUUUUUUAUGAAAACAACGAGUUCAACCAAAUUCCGUCGCGCCGAGCAUUAACAGUGACCAAGGAUAACGUAAUCACAGUAUCUUCGUAUGCCCUGACACGAGUGGCAGGGCCCUACAACCAUUGGGCGUAGGCGUGGUGAGCUGUGCCCCUCCCGGUGCAGUUACAGCUGUUUCUUCAAGGUGCUGUUAGAGAACAAGUCUCGUGUCGUUUACUGUUUGCUCAUCUCAACCAUUUUAAGGCUGAGGUAAAAACAAAAAAAACCAGGGGGGGGAUUUCUUCUUAAACUGUGACUUUAACAUUUGGUGGUGCUCAAGCACAUUUUAAGCAAAAAAAAAAAAAAAGUUGUAUAGUUUUAAUACAUUCUAAGAAAAAGAUGUUGUUUAGGUUAUUAACCUUGAUCCAAUCAUUCAGUUUAUUACCUUUAGGAAUUUAUAUUUUGGUGCUUUAAAUCGUCUGUUUACUACGAAAAUCAUUUAUAGGUAUUUUAACAGGUUCACAUUUUAUGGUGUUAAAUCAAGUUAUACAGUUAUAGCUCUACACAGCUCUUGGUGCUUAACCACAUCAAACAGUUAAAAAUAAAUAAGCUGAAUUAUUACUUCAUGGUGCCAUUGCUUUAACAACUUCCAACCAUUGCUAUAUAGUCCAAAUUGCAGACAAAUCUUUUAGAAAAUCAAUUAAUUUUGUUCUUUAGAUUCGUCAGUAGAAUGAAGUUAUUCGUAAUGAUGGCUGGAAGUUGUUUCUAAGCUGUAAAUAUAUAUUUUAAAAGCACUUUCUAUUUUUAAAAUUAACUUGAAAUAGUAUAGUAUAAGGAUCAUAUUGUCUAAGGUUUGUGCAUACUCUACAGAGGAAAUGAUUUUGUUCUUGCUGUGCAGAGUUCCAUGGUGUUACAGCUGCAGGAUGUAUGCUGAUAGCAUAUGUGGUUGUUUUUAACUUGCCCUUUUUCAUUGAAGAUUUUAUGUUGCAUAUAAACGAACAGUUAUGAAUCAUAGAACCUUUUUAUUCUUUUUCAAGAGAGUGUACAAACAUGAAAGAGGAGAUGUCUGGUCAAUUGCUAUUGGGAGUUACGAAAAUUAUCUGGGUUUUUUAAAGGCAGCAUUUGCUAUGGUUUCUUUGAGCAAUAAGUGCAUCAGUCUCAUUUGUUUGCAGCGUUCUAAGUUAACCUGGCAACCAAAUGUUCCUAAUGCCUCAGGGGUAGGAUUGUUUUGGGAUAAAAAAUACCCCCUAGAGUUGCCUUAUUCUGUUCUGAUAAAAAAAAUAAUUUGGGAAAAAUUCGAAGUGUUGGAAAACUAUCAAAUUUCUAAUAUUUAGGAGCCAAGUUUUUGUUAACAAUAUCCUAUCUCUAAUACUCACCAACUUCGAGUUCAGUUUUUUUACAAAAAUGCUUUGUAAAUUUUGGAAGCAAUUUAUACAUUUCACAUGGAAAGGGUUGUAUCCUUCCUUGAAAUUUAUGUUCCUUUCUGUUGAGAAAUUACAAAACGAGUAUUUGCUAAAUCAGAGGAAAAACAGACACUCCAUUGCUUUUAAAUACUGUAGCAUCCCACUCUUCUUUCUGAUUCUCCUCUCCUAUGCAUUUCUUGUUUAAACUUAUUUAUUUAAACCAAUUACCAAAUGGCAACGUUAGCUAAGGACUGACCUCAUCCUGCACCUUCUUCCACGCAAGCCGGCCAGAGCAGGAGCGGAGCUGACGCCAGGGCUUGCUGGGGUCCGAGCGCUGCAGGAUCAGGCCCACACACAAAGCUCCUCCUGUCCCCUCCUCCAGUCCCCUGCCUGGGGAACCUGGAGGUGGAAUCAAGUCACUUUUGCAAGUGAAAACAUGCUAAUAAUAUACUUGAUAAUAUUAUCCUGUAGUGGUGCUGUAUAGAGGAAUAUGAACUCUAGAUCUGCUUUAUUUAAAGACAAGGUGCUUUUUCCUUGAGAAAAAAGGAAAGGUGCUUUUUCCUUCUCUUGACAGUUUCGGUACGAAAAGUACAUCAGUGGUGUUUGGAACACUUAGUGCCAGUCAGGACCUUGGUGCUACAAAUCCUUGGGUGCGGCUGUCGAUCCAUGGGACUGCUCUCCUGUGGCCAUGUGCAGUGUUUGCAGGAGCCAGCUCUGAAGUAGCAGUCGCUAGUUAAUGAUCCUGGGUUCAGUUCUGCAGAUUCCUGUUCAAAUUAACAAAGCUAUUCAUGGCAGAGGAUGGAGGAAUUGAACCAGUUCUUUGUAUCUUACCUAUUUUAAGUAAAACCUGUAAAAACCGGGUAUGCUGCAAAUUUUAGUUCAAAACUUAAUAUUAGUUCAAAUAGAGGAUAUGAAGGGAUUGUAAAUAAUGAUGAAACAGAACCAAUAUGAUGCCAUUGUUUUGUACCAGCAGUUUUAUGCUUAUUGACUAUGUAAUAUACAGUAUACAUCAAAUCAUUAUGGUAUUUUGUGUGCCUUAGAUCUCCAUGUUAAAACUUGUAUAUUUUUGGUGAGCCGAAGAUUAGUAGGAAUUGCAGCUGUCCAUACAGUCAGUAGUGCUGUACAUUCCAUAGCUGUUCCAGUCAUGUAUUUGUCCUACCAUGUAGAGAUUUGUUUGUUUCACUGAUAGCCCUGACAGCUUCAGUUUCUGUGAUGCUGUAGUUCAGCACUCUCAUGUGAUAAAUUUUCUACACAAAAUUGGUAAGCUACAGAGCCAUCUCUUUACCUAUCAAAAUGUUCACACCAUUAAAGUGGUUCAUUUUUACUUGAAUCUUCUCCUAGAAAUGCCCACAUUUAAAUUACUGGAAACUUCAGAUUAAAAUGUUUCAUUGAAAAACCAGCAGCUUCCCUCUAAGAAGUGAGGCACUGAAAGGUGGAUUUAAGUGGAUCCCUUCAAACAGGUAGCCCAGGUCUACCUUUUUUUGAAAUCGCAAUUCUAAUGAAGAAAUGUGUAUCUUAACAUAAUUAAUACUAUUAACUGAUAGGUGCUAAACUCACAGUUACUACUUCAUUAAUAUUACUUACAUGAGAGAAAUACAUCAUCUAUACAAUAACAUAUCACCCACGGUGCUCUUUCCUUGGCUUUCACCUAAACUGCUUUUUCAACAUCCUACCAGGCAGGUUGGCCACUUCCACUUCCUGCUGGACACUCAGUGGGUUGUGAUUUGAGAGGCUGAUCCUUUCUAUUUGCUGUACUGCAGUAUAGAAGAUACAACUAUUUACUGGUUUUACAACUCUGUGCUAUUUCUUGUAACACUUCAGGAUAUUUAUCAGUCUUGUACACAAAUUGCAUUGUUUUCAGUAAGGUUCUCAUUUUAUAACAGUGUUUAUCUCAUAGGAUCUUCAACUCUGUGGGUCUGUUCUUUCCUUUGCAGCCCACACAACCACUUGUAAUUUGCUCUUAGGUUUUAACCUAAGUCCUUCUUGGAUAGGCAAGACCAGGAGCUGGAUCAAAAAUAAAGGUAGCUGGCUAGGUCAGACCCGCAUGUUUUAUUUGGUUUCCAUCAGCUGGCACAAUGUUCUGGGUGAAAAACCAGCACAUGGACUCAGGUGUGGGCUGGCAGUGGGGUGUGCUUGUCUUUGGAUCAUUUUUUACAGCAUGCCAGGAAAAGCUGAGAAAUCCAACAUAGGACGCCUCUGACUUCCCAGAAGAAACGUCUCAUCCCGUUAUCUGCUGGGUCCAGUACCAUGACUCCACCUCUGCUGUGGAGGGGAGGAGCAGGGCUUGCUGCAGCACUGGAUCUGUUUGACUCCCUAGGGGAGUCACUGCAGUUGUGUCCAGUUAAACAGUGAAUUGACUGAUUUUUCACAUGCUAGUGUAUUGCAGAAAAUAGAAAGAAAUAUUUCUGUAAAUACUUAAGUCACAAGAUCCAAGAAGCUUUGUAAGUAUUUACAAAUACUUGCAGCUUCCAACCUGUAACAGUUGUAUUCAGAUUUUUUUAAGGACUUUCUAAGAAUCUUAACUGCUGGUGAAAGUCCUUGUGUUACCUAUGGCAGUGCUCCUCUAGAUGUAGAACAGGAAAUAACUGUAGUAUCUUGAGCAACAUUUUAUGUUAAGCAUGGGUAAAUGACAACUUGUCUAGUACUUAACAUUUUUUCUAGCAUACAACUGUAUGGGGUUUUUAAAGACAUGUUUAAUUUCAUUGCAGUAUUAACUAUAUAUGGUUGGUUAAAUUUGGGUCCUGUUCAAACUGCUGCAGCCCUGCUGACUCCAGAGUGCUCAUUCAUCAGUUUUCCUGCAAUUUCCAUAUUUAUUUGGAUGGGUAUGGACAACAAUUGACCAACAUCUGUGCCAGCUCAGAGGUCAAUCUUGCUCUUUCACUUCCCAUGCGGUUGACUCCACUUAUCAAGCAGUCAUCAGCUUUGUAAUCCAUUUAUAUAUAUGGUUGUUUCUUUUCCAUAGAAAUCCUGUCAUUUGUAGGCUAUCAGAAGGAAAUAGCUGUGUUCUCAGAUACAUGAAAAACCCAAUUGCAUGGCCACUUCCAUGCUUUGUGUAUGUUAACAGCAGUUACAUUCAAGCAGUGUGGGGCAAACUCUUUCAGGCCUAUUGUGGUUACUGAAAUUUGGAUUAGGGUCUUUGUGACCUCUGCUCCAUAAAAUUGUGUUUUGUUUCUUGUGUGAAAGCUGUCUGCCAAGCUGUGACCUGUGACGAUCUGCUUUUCAAUAGCAGUUACGGAUGAGGAGCAGUCCAGUCACAUUUGGGGAUUCCUGCUUUAUUAGGUCUUGCUCUGACUUGCAGGAAGAAGUGUGGAGGGAAUAUCUUUCCAUUGAUUAUUGUGACACCAGGGUACUGCACUGCAAUGUCUGUCACAGCACUAUUCUAACCAGUGAGAUAUUUCAUUACAACCUUCUAUGUACAUGUAGUUGGCAUGGUACUUCUUUUCUGUCCAUCUGACUUUAAAUUCAGUAGCUUAUUUUUAGUCUGUGACACUUACAUUCUCCUUGAAUAUGAAACAGAGUGACUGGUGUCAGAAGUCUAGAGGAUGUGGCUACUUAAUCUUAACAGUUCAGGAAGUGGUUUCAGUCUCUUCGGGGAUUACCUGAUGUUUAGUCAGUCUUCACAAGUUGUCUACGUGCUGCUUUAGGAUGUUGCUGCAAAAUUAGAAUAACUGAGUUUUACAUUCAAGGUUUCCUGAAAGACCAAGGAUUUCUAAUAGUAGAACCUGCUCAGGCACCAGGAGUGGUUGAAUAUAUGCUGUGUUUAUUACUUCCCUGUCAAAACUUUUUGGGUUCUUUUCGAACAGAAUAGGCAAACCUUUUAGAUACUGUCACACACUUGACUAAGUUAUGAAGAUUUAGUUCUACGUGAUGCUGUGUUGUCUCCCUGAAAAACACUUAAUAUGGCUGGUUUUGAUCAGUAGGUGUCACUCUGUACAGGUGACACUGGCUACUCCAGCCAGCUUUCUCACUCCAUGCUCUUUUUGGAUCAUCAGUUAGUGCUGGCUCACUUUGUCACCUGCUGCUGGAUGCUUUCAAUGCUUCUAACACCUCCAAAAGUUUUGCCCUUUGCAGAUGUGCUUCAGCAGCACGGCUGCCAGCCUGCCUGUGAGUCCCCCUGCACGCUGUCCUGCUCUGCAUGGAAAUCAGCCAUCUUCAUCUCAGGAAUGUCAUGUGAAGCUAUUCUCCCCCUAAAAUCCAUUUCUUUCAGCCACCUGCAAAAGGCUGCCCAGAGAGGUUGUGGAUGUUCCCUGUCCCUGGAAGUGUCCCAGGCCAGGUUGGAUGGGGCUUGAAGUAACCUGGUGUAGUGAAAGAGGAAAGGGGAUUGGAAAGAGGUGAGCUGUAAGGUCCCUUCCAACCCAAACCAGUCUGAUUCCUUGUGUUCUAUAUGUGAAAGUUCUAGGGCUUUUACUUCACAUUUUCUCAUACAGAGCCUAGAAUAUUACAGCUGGGAUUAUUUAAAAGUCCAGUAGAGAGGGACAAUUCAUAAUCUGUCACAAACACUGUUUUCUUACUUUUUUAAUCAAAUAAUCAGUUUUCCAGUUAAUUUCCAGAUUUUUUGAUGUAGUUGUUAUGAUCUGUUCUUGUAUCUGCAAGUAGCCAUACAAAGGGGACUUUGCAAGACUAGAAAACCAUCAUCCCCCUGAGAAGGAAAAGUCAUUCCUUCUCAGAGUACAGGAUUUUUUCAUGUUGGUAGCAUCUUGGUGUCUUGUCUUUUGAGUCACAUUUAACAGCUCUGCUCAAUUCCUGACAUCAGACAGCUGCUGCAGCCCCUGCAUGAUUACAAGAGCAGGAGUGUUUCUUUACAUCUUUUAAUCUUGGACCAGUCUUUGUGAGAUAUCAAAGUAUUGUGUAAGUAUUAUUAAAUGCCUGAACUAACACAGGACUGCUUGGAAAAAUACAUUCUUCAUCUGUGGCAAAAAAUGGAAUCGAAGGAGUUUGAGCAGAAAAUAAUUAAGGUGGUUACUGCCUUUUAUUAAAGGGUAUUGAGGUGUCAGCAUUGCUGUUUCUUUGUCUUGCUGAGAAUAAAGACUUCAGGAUUCUUUUUCCAGUACAGUUCCCAGUUUACCAUCCCAACAGUUGUUCAUGGUGUUCACCAUGUACUGCUAAGCUUUAGUUUUAAAAGAUACAAGAUGCUUCUUGAUGCUGUAUCCUUAAUUCUUCCAGGUGUAUUUUCCUUUCUUCUUCUGCUGGGCCAUUAUAUUGGCAUUUUUCCACACACAGUUCUAUUCAAAUGCCAGACUCUUCCAUCAGCACACUUGCAGUGAAUGCAAGGCUGGGGUGCUAAAUAACGUGACAGUGACUUGCUUUGGUGUGACUGAUCAACGGUGCUUUUUCCAACUCUGGGCACACCUUGCAGACAUUGCUCACAGAGCACAGGUGCACACCUCAAAAACUACAUAUGUAGGGAGGACAGCUUUGGCACUAAAACUACAGUUACCAGUUACAGUAGGUGAACUGAGUUCCAAAGAAGUGCUGUUGCAGUGCAGCGAGGGAACUGCUCUUUUUGAUGUUCAGUAGUGCAGUUGUUGCCACAGAACGUUCUAAUGCUGUUGUGGAAAGUUUUGUGACCUGAUCAAUAUUUUACAUGUAUAUCUGUAUUUUUAUUAUAUUGUAAUGGAAAAAGGGUCCUGGGUUUGGGAGUUGUCUUAAAGUAAGAAUGGAGGCCCUGAUUCUCGUUUAUACUACUGUCCAUUGCAUUGGAAGGAUAAAGGGGCCUCCAAUGGAUGUCACUUCAGCUUUCAUCCUUUGGAGUAUCCCAUCACACUGAACAGAGUGUAAAAGAUCAGUAGUAUAAAUAAAAACAGUUACCAAAUUACUGAUUGGUACAAUCAUGUGAAAUCAGUUUCGUGGUAUCCUUACUGUGCACAUACUGGCCAGUAACAUCCAGAUUGUUCUUAGUUUAGAAAUACAGGUUGAAAAAAGACCUGCUUGGGUUUUACCAGGUUUAAACAUUUGCUUAUAUUGGCUGUCCUUUGCCCAGUGCUGUCUACAAAGACAGUGUGGUAAAAGAUUUGUACCUCUGGGUAAUGGCCAGCCCAGAAAUCUCCCAAAAUUGUCAAAAAUGCUGUUUUUAUGGUAGUUUUUCUUAAAAUACUUAUGAUACUUUAUCAUAACUUGGAUCCCUUUUACUUGAUGAUAUAAACUGGGGUUGUGACAAUCUACUGAACUCCCUUCUGUCCUGACUUCACACCCAGCAGAGUGUGCAGUGUUGUGUGCUGUUGUCACGCUCUGGUGAGUUUGGGGACACAAAACCAACACCUUCUGCCUUCCCUGACUGUGGUGCUACGUGCCAGGGAAACCCUGGCAUUGCUCUGCAUGCCUGAGUCCUGCAGAGCUCCCCUUGCUGCCCGUGGAAGUUUUAUGUAAACAACAGCCCUGUACAUUGCUGUUAUGCAAUGCAAACUUCUCAUUCAAAAAAGUUUGAGGAAAAGGAAAUAUACUUCCCUUCUUAAAUUUUCACACUGCAGUGAUACUGCAGAGCCUAAUGAGAACAGAUUUUGUAUCGCCUCUGUCUAAUCCAUGCAACUCAACAGGCAGCAGCUGAACUUCGUGAAGCUCUUGUCCUCUAAAUGAAAAUACAUUUGUAGUCAAGAAGAACAAAUGGGGUGUCCCAGUACUGCUAAAAGAAAGCCAGUUCUAACCCAUGCAAACAUUCAUACAUUUCAGUCUUUACCAGUGAAUUAUUCUACGAUUAUUUGUUCAGUUUGGGAGAGACAGCUCUUCAUAAUGUGACAAUAUCACUCCAGGUCACAAGUACUGAUCAGAAUUUGCUGUCAUUAAGAACAUAAAAAUGUAAGGAUAUGCUGAACUGAAAUGCUAUGGUUAAUUAAUUCCUUCCUGAUUUGGGAAGAUAAAAGAUUAAUAAUAUGCCAAAGCAAAAGAAAAAGAAGUCAUGGGGUUUUUUUCCUUCUCUCUCUCUUAUUUUCAAUCUUUCUUUCUUUCUUUCCUUGGGAUGCAUUAGAUAUUUAUUUUUCAAUGUUGAAUUUGAGAUUUUAAUCCCAGUUACCAAUGUACAGUAUUGAAAUCUGGAACAUAAAACUAACAUUUUUAAGCAAAAGAUGAUGUACAGGGAGAAAAAAAAUCGGGAAGAAAAAGCACUUCAUUAUGUCACAGUAUUUACAGGAGAAAGUGUAAAAAUUACUUCUUUUUUCAGAAAAACAUUUGGGGCCUGAUUCUUUACUGGUAUAACUGAGCAUAGCUCCCUGAGGCUGGUGGAGCUUGGCAGAGUUAUGCUAGCUGAGAAACUGAACCUUAAAAUCUUCUCUGCAGACAAGGGAACCCUUACCAGCAGUACUUGAAGACUUGUGAGUUGUGACUGCAUGUUACUUGAAAGAUCUAAUUAAGCUAUGUUUUUUGGUGCAAGCAGUUGUUGUACAUGAUUUCAUGUUUAUGUAGCAAGAUGCAUUGAAAUGUUGAUACUAGUAUUGAAACAUACAUGUAAAAAUUGUCGUUGUGGAAAUUGUCUGUUCUGUUCUAUUUUUCUUGUGUGUCUCAUCUGUUUAGAACGUAAACUUUCUUUUUUUUUAUUGUCCUAACUGAAUAAGGCUAAAUGAAUACUGUAAUUGAAAAUAUAUUUUAAAUCUUGUCAUGAGUUUUUAAAAAGACUAUUACAAAUUGUAUCAUUCCUGAUUACACAGAACUUUGUGGGUGGUUUUAAAUAAAUUUUAUACUUCUAUUUUGC